AUGGGUCUUGCCAGGGAUUACCAGCCAUUAAAUUCGACGGAAAAUACUUUUGCUGUAGUGGAGUUUGACAUCUAUUCAAAUGAAUAUGAUCCGCGUGGCCAACAUGUAGGUAUUGAUAUAAAAUCCAUGCUAUCUGUUGCUACUGUGUCAUGGCAGGGGAGUAGAAUAUCUAUUAUGGAUGGGAGAAUUAAUGAAGCUUGGAUUAGUUGUAAUUCAAGUUCUCAUAAUUUGAGUGUUCUCUUCACUGGUCUCAUAAACAAUGCUACCGUAUGGCAAUCUCUUUCUUAUAUUGUUGAUUUGAGAGAUCACUUAGCUAAAUGUGUAACUUUUGGAUUCUCAGCCGCAACAGGAAAUACUUCUGCAAUGCAUACAAUUCGUACAUGGGAUUUUAACUCAAGUUUGGAAGAUACGACAGUGGCAGGUAGUCCAAGCCCGAAUUCGGCCCCUAACCGAAGGAAAAACAAGAGGUUAGGAUUAGCCGUGGGGUUGGGUGUUGGUAAAUCUAUUUUUCUUGGUGGGUUUGCUUUAAUUAUAUUUGGCUUUUGGAAGAGGAAUAGGAGGGACGCAGAAGCAGAAGAGGAUCUUGCCAUUGAUAGGUACAUGGAUGACGAAUUUCAAAGGGAAACACGGCCGAAGAGGUUUUCAUUUAAUGAAUUGGCUUAUGCCACGAAUAAUUUUAAUGAUGAAGAAAAGUUAGGCCAAGGAGGAUUUGGUGGGGUUUACAAAGGGUUUUUAAGGGACUCAAAUUCCUUCAUUGCUGUUAAGAGGGUGUCAAAAGGGUCUAAACAGGGGAUAAAGGAGUAUGUAUAUGAAGUAAAAAUUAUUAGUCAAUUGAGACAUAGGAAUUUGGUGCAACUCAUUGGAUGGUGUCAUGAAAGAAGAGAACUCUUACUUGUCUAUGAGUUGAUGCCCAAUGGAAGCUUAGAUUCACAUCUUUUUACUGAAGAAAGCUUAUUGAUAUGGGCAAUGUGGUACAAAGUUGCUGAAGGAUUGGGAUCGGCCUUACUUUACUUGCAUGAGGAAUGGGAACAAUGUGUGGAGCUCAAGGUGGCCUUUUCAUUAUCAAUGCUUUCUGCAAUCAAGGCAUCAAAACCCCACCAGCUGCUAGGAAUCCCAAAAAUUUACUCUCAGAAGUUCCAACUCCAUGCUGCCAUUAUUUUAGAAAUCCGAAGAAAUUAG